GAAGAGGAAUGGGUUGAACUGUUGUGUAUGGGUACUAGAUCAAAACCCAACUUUGCUGACCGCGGGCAGCAGUUGGAGAGAGAAACAAUAAGAAACAUAUAGGAAUAUACAUGUAUACAGUUUUUGAGGAGAGAGAGAAGGUAGAGAGAGAAAGAGAGAGAGAGAGAUAGGAUGGUCCGGUGGAUGGUGGUGUGGGUGGGUGACCAAUAUAUCCUAAGCCCCUCCCCAGUCCCCAACAAGUCCCCCAGCAGCUGGGUCGGCCUUGGAUUUGGAGUAAAGAGCCUCGAGAGGGCGAAGCUCUCUCUUCCCUUCACUUUAUUCUCUUCAAAUUCGAUACUUUGCUCUGUGACCCCAACGAGGUUUUCUUAGGCACGACCUCUCUCUUUCUCUCUCUCUCUCUUUCUCUUUCUCUCACUCUAUGUCUACUACAUUGUCUAGUUCUACCUUCAGAAUCUCUUAGUCUUACUUACUUCUGCGCAUAGGGGGGGUCUGGGGCUGUCCCUCUCUCUUCCUUUCCAUUUAUAAUCACCUCUGUUUUUUCCUUUUUCCUCUGUUUUUUUCUCUAUCAAACUGCACCAAAACGAAGCAGGAAUACCCACCUGGGUUCUUGGAUUUUUACCUUGUUUUUGGAUGUUCUGAAAUAAAAUGCCAAGACUUUGGCAUUUUCUUUGUUGCCCCAUUUGUUUUCUUUUCGUAAAACUGAGAAAACAGAGGAUUUCCCUUUUGGUCUGUUCUUCUCCCUCGGAAAACCAGUGAGCCUUCCCUUAUUCUUUCUUCUUCUCAAUCAGAGUUUGAAUUUCUUCUUGUUCCCCAGCUAUAUUAUUCUUCGUUUUCUUAACACAUCUACUUCUAAAGGAAAAAACGAAAAAGAAAAAAAAGAAAGAAAGAAAGAAUCGAAGCCCAAGUUGAAGAAAGAACUGAAAAUUGGUCUUUUUGCAGUAAAUCAAGAUAGCUAUAUGAAGUUGUGAACAAUGAGAGAUGAGAAUUUCAAAAAAAGCAAGCUUUCAUGGCCCAAGUCACUGGUCAAGAAGUGGUUCAACAUUAAGAGCAAAGCCGAGGACUUUCACUCGGAUGAUGUCGCAUACGGAGGUGGUGAUGAAGAGUGGAGGAACAACUAUUCAGAGAGGGAGGCAUGCACGAUCAAGAAAAGCAAAACAGAAAGAUUCAGCAAGAGGCACUCUGAUAGAAUGCGGCGUGGUAAAAUUGACCUGGAGGCCUCACAAGUAACAGAUGUGCAUAACUAUAGGGUCUUUGUAGCUACAUGGAAUGUUGCUGGAAAAUCUCCUCCAGGUUAUUUGAAUCUUGAAGAUUGGCUUCACACAUCUCCUCCUGCUGACAUUUAUGUUCUUGGGUUUCAAGAAAUUGUUCCUUUGAAUGCUGGUAACGUUUUGGGCACAGAGGACAAUGGCCCAGCUAGGAAAUGGCUAGCUCUUAUUAGGAGAACUCUAAAUAGUCUUCCUGGCACCAGUGGUGGUUGCCAUACACCUUCACCUAUCCCUGAUCCUAUUGUGGAAAUAGAUGCAGACUUUGAGGGGUCAACAAGGCAGAAGGCCUCCUCUUUCUUCCAUCGCCGUUCCUUUCAAUCAUUGAGUCGCAGCAUGAGAAUGGACAACGACAUGUUGAUACCACAACCCCGACUUGAUCGGCGCUUCAGCGUUUGUGAUCGGGUUAUGUUUGGGAACAGGUCAAGUGAUUACGACCCCAAUUACAGAUGGGGUUCCUCUGAUGAUGAGAAUGGAUUGGGGGACUCACCGGUUGCCAUGCAUUAUUCACCAUUGUCCCAUAGUGGUUCUUUUUCCAUGGAGGAUAGAGAUAGACAGUCAGGGCAUUCAAGGUAUUGUUUGGUUGCUAGCAAGCAAAUGGUCGGUAUAUUUCUGACAGUGUGGGUCAAAAGUGAUCUUAGAGAUGAUGUUCGUAACAUGAAAGUGUCUUGUGUGGGCAGAGGAUUGAUGGGUUAUCUUGGAAAUAAGGGUUCAAUUUCAAUUAGUAUGUCUUUGCACCAAACGAGCUUUUGCUUCAUCUGUAGUCAUUUGACCUCUGGGCAGAAGGAGGGAGAUGAACUUCGAAGGAACUCCGAUGUCAUGGAGAUCCUUAGGAAGACACGUUUCCCCAGAGUUCAUGGCAUGGGAGAUGAAAACUCUCCACAGACGAUACUUGAGCAUGAUCGAAUUGUUUGGCUUGGUGAUUUGAAUUAUCGGAUUGCCCUCUCUUAUCGUUCUGCAAAGGCUCUUGUUGAGAUGCGCAACUGGAGAGCAUUGUUAGAGAAUGACCAGUUACGGAUAGAGCAGAGACGUGGACGAGUCUUUGAGGGAUGGAAUGAAGGCAAGAUAUAUUUCCCUCCAACUUACAAGUACUCAAAUAAUUCAGACAGAUAUGCUGGAGACGAUAGGCACCCAAAGGAGAAGCGAAGAACACCAGCAUGGUGUGAUCGAAUAUUAUGGUUUGGAAGAGGCCUCCAUCAGCUGUCCUAUGUUCGUGGGGAAUCCAAAUUCUCUGAUCAUAGACCAGUUUACAGCAUAUUUUUGGCAGAGGUUGAGUCUUUGAAUCGUAGCCGAAUCAAGAAAAGCAUGAGUUGUUCUAGUUCCAGGAUUGAGGUUGAAGAGUUGUUGCCACACUCACAUGGAUACGCUGAUGUCAAUUUCUUUUGAAGGAUGAUACUCUUUUUGUGUUUGCUUGCCUCCACAUGAUUAAAGCUGGAUGUGAUGCUUUAAAACUAGGGCUUCUACAAAUGCAAAAUCAGGUGAAUGACUCUUUUUAUGAAUAUGAUCGCCAGUUUGUCUCGUUGAUGAUUCAGGAAAAUACUGGUUUUGAAAUUAAUGGAUAGUUUCCCAUGGGGGUUAAUCGCUUUUGGUCAGGUAGGCACUGCUAACCAAAGGGAUUCUGCCUUGAUGGCGAUUGAGACAUUCUGUUAGCCCACAAUCCAAAAGCAGGUACAUAUGUGAAUUUGUUGAUAAGUUACUGACCUCAAAGUUGCGGCUUGCCAUUCUUUUCACCAGCCUAUGGAAUAAUGUGGAUUACAGUAAUGAGUACGGAUUCAUCCAGUUCCGGAGGCGGCUAGUCAAUAUCAGCAUCUAACUCAAAAUUCUUUAUGAAUAAAAUGUGGAUAAUAGGCAAAAGAAGAUGAGAGAAUCAACAAUCUUUUUAGUUAUUUCCUAUUAUUUGUUUUUGUUUUCUUAUACUGAAGAAUGAUAAAAGGAAAUGUAGAUGUGAUGGAUACUCAAUUACUAGUUGUAAAAAAGAAAAAGACAGAGUUGAAGUAUGUGAUUGAUGUAAAGUCUCUUUUUUCUGUUACUGCUAAUGAUUUUACUGAAUAAAUAAAGCUACCAGUACUAAUCUUUAA